GGGAUUAUGGAAUGUAAGGACUUAUAUACGAAGAAUGUUUUACUACGGAACUACUGCUGAUUUUUUUUCUUGUUAAUGGUUCACAGGAAAAUAAUUUUUAGAACUAAUGGAAUUUUAGAAUUGGAUCAAACUAACCGUUUUCAUACUUGAUUUUUAAAAUAAAAGUAAUUUAUUUGGAUUGUCAAAUAGAUUUUAAAAUGUCAGUAUUGGAAAACGCCGAAGAUGUUGACUUUAUUACUAAAACUGCUAUUGAACGUGACCCCAAGAAAAGAAGGGUAAAGCCAAUUGAAACUCAAGCAUCAAUUUUAGAUUUUGAUCUAGGAGAAAGUUCUGAUGAUUCCGAUUUUAGGAUUGAAGAUCAUCCAGAUAUUAGUGAUGAUGAUUCUUUAGACACAAAUGAAGAAGAUAAUGAAUCAUCUGAAAUGGAGGAAAGUGAAUGUGAAGAGUCUGAUGAGGAUGACUUGAAGAAUAUAAAGUUAUCUUCAAAUGGUUUGUCAGUUACAGAUGUUUUGCAGAAAGCAUCUUUACAGUCUGACAUAAAUUUACAAUUAGAUGAAAGUAAUUGUAAUAGUCAGCUAUUGAUUUGCUGUGGAUGUCUAGGAGAUCAAAGCGACAGCGUUAAUGAAAUUGUAGAGUGUGAUAGCUGUGGAGCCACUGUCCAUGAAGCAUGUUAUGGAAUUUCAGAUAUUGCUAGUACUGGCAGUACUGAUUCUUUAUGUCCUACGGCACCUUGGUUUUGUGAAGCCUGUAAAGCCGGUAUAACAAAUCCAACAUGUGAACUAUGUCCCAAUUCAGGAGGAGUUUUUAAAGAAACUGAUGUUGGAAAAUGGGUACAUCUUGUUUGUGCUUUGUAUGUGCCAGGGGUUGCUUUUGGUGAAGUAGAUAAGCUUUCCAGUGUUACACUGUUUGAAAUGCCAUAUAGCAAAUGGGGUGCCAAAAUUUGUAGUCUCUGUCAUGAUGAUAGGUUUGCUAGAACAGGAGUAUGUAUUGGAUGUGAUGCUGGGAUGUGCCGAACAUAUUUCCAUGUAACAUGUGCUCAAAGAGAGGGUUUACUUUCUGAGGCCCACUCAGAAGAGGCUGAUCAAGCGGACCCCUUUUAUGCUCACUGCAAAUUACAUUCUGAUAAAACAUUGGUCAAGAAGCGAAAACGCAAUUACUUAGCACUUCAGCAAAGAAAUUUUUAUCGCAAGUUGCAGUUACAAAGGGGCAAUAUGGAUAAUGGUCCUGAACAACAAAGAAUACACAGAAAAUUAGAACAACAGAAAGCGCACUAUUUUAACCUAAAAAGCAUAAAAAUACCUCCAUGGGUACCAACACAGAAAAUGCCCCGAUUACUCACUACAAGCGCCUCAGCUUGUAAAAAGCUAUUUCGUAAAGCAGAAAUAAUGGGUAUUGAUAGUAGUUGUCUUGAAAUGCAAGAAACACAAUUGACUGCAUUAAUAGACGUACGUAAAAAAUGGCACAUUUCUCCAGCAUUUAGCGUAGAAUUCAUCGCUUAUUACUUAGAUCGGAAUGAUAGAUUAAAAACUAUGAAAGCAGGACUUGAAAAAUUGCUUGAACAAAAUAGCGUUUUAUUGGAAGAGCAACGUCAUUUACGUACUAAUUACGACCAGUUAUUAAAAGAAAGUUCAGAUGAAUCCAAGAUAAGUAUGAAACUUAAACAAAUAAUUCAUAAGUUUCACUCUGCUAUACUGAGUGCUUGUCCAACUAAGAAUCUUCCUAAUAUUGAUGACUUAGGAAAACCAGUUGCAAUCAGGGCUCCUCAGCAAAUGAUGGUUCCUACUGCUGCUGCACUUAAAAUGGGUGUAGGGUUUCCUUUGACUAGCAUAGCCUCGGCUCGAAAUGAUUCUGCUCGCGUGUUAAGUAGUCAGGUGAAACAAGUACCAGAUCCAUUACCGUUAAACGAAUGUGGUAUAUGUAGUCAACGUGGGGAUCAGCAUUUAUUGGCUAAAUGUGAUACAUGCUGUUUAUACUAUCAUUUAAAUUGUCUUAAUCCUCCUUUAACACGUUUGCCAAAAAAAUCAAAAUUGUACGGCUGGCAGUGUUCUGAAUGUGAUAAAACGUCUGAUUCUGAAGCAGAACAAGUAAAAAUGCCUCGCAGAAGUCGUGUUCAGCAAACUAAGGAAAGCAAAUAUGAUCACGAAUUUUAUACUCCCAAGGUCAAAAUUAAACCUGUGGAACCUAGUUUGUUUCCUUCUGAAUCUAUACCCGUUCAUGUAAAAAGUUCACUUUUUUCAUCCGAUUCCACUUCAAAUUUUGUUAACCCUGACGCAUUAGACCUGAAUUCGAAACAAGUAGAUUUGAAUAUACCUUCAGAUCCUUUAAAAGAUCCCCUAUUAAGUACUGGCACCGACGGAGAAAUGAUGGUGAUUUCCUCUAAAUCUGGUAAAAAAAGAAGACGUGAAAAACAUCGUUCACGUUAUUCACCCACUUUAGAAGGAUCAUCUAAGGAGCAUAAGCGUAAACGAAAGAAGAAAAGUUUGGAUAUUGAUGAAGUACCCACACCUCAUCCUAGAAUAACUAUAAAGAUACGUCCAAUCCCUCUUCCUGCUGGUCAGACUGUUUCUUCUACGAACCCUCAACGUUUCUACGUUCCAGACGAAAAUGCUCCACCUAUACUUUCAAAAAAUGAAGCUGAACAUUCUGCCAUACAAAAAUUAACAUCCAGUAUUAGCGACGCACGAAAAAAUGUAGUUAAUUCAAAAAAAAAAAUAGAGUAUCCACCACCCAUUAAUAUGUGUGAUGUUUGCAAAGGGGAAGGAAAUAAUACUAAUUUAGUUAGUUGCGAUGAAUGCCAGAAAUGCUACCACUUUGGUUGUUUAGAACCACCCUUGAAAAAGUCUCCGAAAAAACGUGGCUACUCCUGGCACUGUGAGGAUUGUGACCCAACUCUAAACCAUUUAGCACCCAAAAACAACCAGUAAACUUCAACCAAGACGCCCAAAUGCAUCUGAAUCCAACUAAAGAAGCAUAGUUUAAAGAUAUGUGGUCAAAAUAUCACAUUUGAUUAAAAUAGAAUUUAAAUAUAAUUAUCGUAUGUUUAUUUAUUUAUAGAUGUAUAUGUAUGAAUUGCAUUUAAACAGGACCUAUCUUUCUUUUUACCAUCAGCUGAUUUUUUAUUGCUUGAACAUUUUGUAAAAGAAUAAAUAAAUAGCAAUUAAUACUUCGUAAUUUGGUGUUAUGUUGUAAUGACUAGGUAUGUAAAGCUAUGUUGUGGUUGUAUUAUCGUUAUUGUUGAAUAGCAGAUCAAUGUCAUUUAUUAUGAUUAAAGUAAGUUUUUACUUUUUCAAUAUAUUGAACAAUUCGUGAUAACUACUUUUGAAAUGUGGUAAGUUGAAUUAAAGUGCGUGAAUGAAGAAUAAGGAACAUUGAGACAAGGGAGUCGGUAAGCUUGCAUAGAUUGUUACAUAGACAUAGUUACACUCUCACCAACACAAGUUUCAAGUUUCUUAAUUAGUUGUAUUGUCUGCUACGCUACGGACCAAAAGGAGAAUUUAUUUGGAUCGUUUGUCUUACGUAAAAAAUAUAGAUAUCAUUACAACAUAAAUGCGGUGUCUACUAAAAUUAAAAUUUAUCACAGUUGCACAAAUGAAUAACAUCCCAUGUUAUGUCAUAAAAUUUAAUUCAGUCACACCUAUCACAUUUUUAUAAAAUUACGUAUGGAUCAAUUAUUUAUCGACGUAUGACGCAUUCUAAUUCAUGCUGCCUCAUAUUACAAAACACAUGUAUAUAAUGUUAGUCAUAACUUACGUCCAUUCUACUUGACUGCAGUAAAAACGAUGUAACCCAUAAUUCUCAGUAGUUUAUAUCGUAUUUAAUAAACAAAUGUGAACUUAGGUCAGUAUCUAUCCUAUUAUUUGGUAUAGACUAUAUUAGUACAUUCAUUUGCAUUUGGUCUGUGAUGAAAGGCCAGAAUCAAUAAGCCGAAAGCUUAACACAAUAAAGUGGCUAAAAUUACAUAAUGGAGUCUAUUUAAUAAAACGAUCGUUAAAGCGGCAUAAAAUUUUUUGUACUUUCUAUUGUAAAACACUUUUCAUUAUUAAAGUGCUUACCAUAAGACGUCCAAAUUUGGUCGCUACCUUUGUCGGUGAUGCAUAACCACAGACACCACUAUUUUACAAGCCGUGAAGCAGGAUUAUACAUAUUGUUAUAUUGCAAUUUGGUGAUGAUUUACAAGCACAAUAUAAUGUUACUAUCACUUAUAUAAAUUGAUAUUGAAGAUGUUACCUCACUUAUAUGCAAUAGUUGUAAAGUAUUACUUGA